AUGGGAGAUAGUAACAUCGAAAACAGAAAUAUUUUUUACUCUCAGUUUGCAGGUGUCCAAUCUGAACCAAAUCGGACACAACAGCCACAACAAUUGCAACUGGUACCAUCGCAACAACAGCAAAAGCAAAGGCGUGGAAAGGAGAAUCGUGAGUGGGAGAUCCAAACUAAGAGAAAGCAUGGCAAAAUUGCUGCGCCGGAAAGGAAACAUACUCGAGUUCAUGCUCAGCAGAAACCAUUAUUGAUUCAUUGCGUUGGGUGCACUGGCAAGUCAUAA